GAGCGCCAUCAGCCGUCAGCUGCGAAAGGUCCGUAACCGCAUUUUCUCCAGCUCAGCGCCCAUCUUCGUCGCGUACCCUUCUCGCUCGCUCCAGGUCGCCUUUCCGCGCUCCCCAUCGCUCAGCUGCCACCGGCACUCACCGACCCGCCGAUCAUCAACCAUCAUGGCUCCUCCCGCCAAUCGCGCCGUCUGGCAGGACGCCCCGGCCGCCCCCGGCGUCAUCCGCGACAGCACCAUCCCCGGCAGCGACGAGCUUGGCGACCACAAGGUGCUGGUCAAGGUGCACGCCUGGGCCAUCAAUCCCUGUGACUACAUGCUCCAAGACAGGGACAUGGGUCUCGCGUAUCCCAUGAUCCUGGGCUGCGACGUCGCUGGUACCGUCGAGGCUGUCGUUCCAGGCUCUCCCGCCGCCUCCAAGUUCAGCGUUGGUGACCGUGUCUUUGGCUUUUGCGCCAACAACGGCUUCCAGGAAUACGUAGUCCUGGAGGACAAGUUGAUGGCCAAAGUCCCGGACAACAUGGCCUACCGCGAGCCCGUCGUUCUCGGCCUCUGCAUCGCUACCAGCGCCAUGUUCCUGUUCGGAGAGGACUACCUCCAGCUUGAAUAUCCCAGGCCGGGCGCCCCCAAGAACGGAAAGUCCGUUCUGAUCUGGGGCGGCAGCUCGGCUGUCGGCAGCAAUGCCAUCCAGCUCGUUACGGCUGCAGGCUAUGACGCCAUCGCGACUUGCUCCAAGAAGAACUUCGACUACGUCAAGAGCCUCGGCGCCGCCCAAGUCUUCGACUACAAAGACGCGGAUGUGACCGAGAAACUCGUCGCCGAGCUCGACAAAGGCGAAUGCGCCGGUAUUUUCAUGGCGGCCGGACUGAAAGAUGGCAAUGCCGCAGCUAUCAAGGUUGCCGCUGCGUCCAAGCAGACGCUCAAAUUUGCGUCGUCCAACUUUAUAGAGAACCUGGAGGAAAUCCCCAAGGGAGUGGAAGUGAAGCAGCUCUCGCCCGGGAGCUUCAAGCCAUUCCCCAUCUGCUGGUUUGAGACGACACCGGCCACUUUCGAGGGUUAUCUCCCCCAGGCUCUGGCCAGCGGAGCCUACAAGAUCGCCCCCCCACCCCUGGUGAUCAACAACAAGGGUCUGGAAGGGAUCCAGGAGGCCAUCGACCUCCAGCGAAUGAUUGGUGAGAAGGGUCAGGAAGGGGUCAAGGCGGCUUUCAUUCGCGCGAAAGGAGAGGUCAAUGAAGACGAGGUUACCCCGGUCAAGCUGAUUGUCGAGCGGGCUUAGGGCGGACGUGGGCGUGUACGCUAAGGCCGAGCGUGCCAAUAAGCCAAUCGAGCACUUUCUUGUUCAUUACAUGGAUAGUUAUAUGCCAAAUGUGGGUGUAGCGCUAAGUCCAUCUCGCUCAGCAUGACAGAUGGGGUCGUCAGCCCUUACCGGAGUUGGACACAAACCCAUAAUCG